AUGUUCGCUCGCGCCUUCGUGGCACUUGCUUUGGUGGCUUCAGUUUUGAUUUCACCUAGCAAUGCUGUCACAUACACUCCUUUGAAGCCCCCAUCAUAUCCGUUGGCAGUGCGGAGUCCAUAUUUAUCAGCGUGGAUCCCUGGCAAUGUGGUUGAGUCGCUUCCCUCCAACAACGCGCAAUUCUGGGCAGGCAAUACUUUAGUCUGGUCUGUGAUUGCUCGUGUGGAUGAAACUACCUAUAAUUUGUUUGGCGUGGCCAGCCCCAACGACGGAACUGAAUCAGGAACUGUAACUGCGGCUACCUACACCUCAACACAUUCCACCUUCACGGUGACAGCCGGAUCUCGAAGCUUCACGUUAGACUUUUUCUCGCCUGUUUCGCCCAAGAAUUAUCUGCGCCAGUCUCUGCCUUUCUCAUAUUUAACAGUGACGGUCGCUGCAGGCGAUUCGAGCUCCAUUCAAAUCUACUCCGACAUAAGCGGGGGCUGGACGGGCCAGUCUAGCGAUUCCACCUGGAGCUACUCUACCAGUGGAUCGACGGGCGUAUUCCAGAUCGAGGCGGUCGGGCAGGCGACCUAUUCACAAAACAGUGAUGGUCAAGCGUUGUGGGGUAGCGCCGUCUACGCCACCCGUCCUUCCGACAGUAGCACACUCUCCACUCAAUCCGGCCCGCGGGUCACCGUUCGCGAGCAGUUUGUUGACAAUGGCACCCUUUCAGGGAACCAUGCUGACUGGACCUCGGGAGCUGUCGUGGGAUUUGCUCAUGAUCUCGGGACGAUAUCAGAUGAAUCCGCCGUCACCUUUGCGAUCGGCCACGUGCGAGAGGAGUCUAUCAAUUUCCUCGGCGCCGCGCAAACAGGCUAUUACCGUGCCAAAUAUGCCGAUACCGUCGAUGCCGUUACUUACUUCCUCGACGACUACGAUGACGCCAAUUCCGAAUCGACCGACUUCGAUGACUUGAUCUCCGACACUGGCUCGUCGAGCUUUGGAUCGAAUUACUCUGAUAUUCUCGCUCUCUCUGUGCGCCAAGUUUAUGGUGGUACAGAGCUGACGAUACCCAACGAGUCACUGGAUACGAGCGAAAUCCGUGCCUUCAUUAAGGAGAUCUCCAGCGAUGGAAACAUCAACACCGUCGAUGUCAUAUAUGCGACCUUCCCAAUUUUCUAUAUCCUGAGUCCCGCAUACCUCAAGUUGCUCAUUGCCCCUGUCUUCGAGUAUAUGGCCACCGACGCGUACUCGGAAAACUACGCGGUUCACGAUCUCGGAGCGAACUAUCCCAAUGCAACAGGCCAUGUAUCCUCCGGGGAGAGCAUGCCCAUAGAGGAAAGUGGCAAUAUCAUCUUCCUGACUUAUGCGUACCAGCUAGCCAGUGGCGAAACCGACUUAUACGACACAUACUCCUCGCAAAUAAAGACCUACGCGACCUACCUGGAAAACAAUGGUCUAUAUCCUGCUUCACAGUUGUCUCUUAAUGAUGCCCUCGGAGAACUAGCCAAUCAGACCAACCUCGCCGUCAAAGCCGCAGUCGGUCUCGCAACAUACGGCAAAUUGGCAGAUGAUACAUCAUACAUUACCACCGGCAGGGACUGGGCAGACAAAAUCUGGACAGACCAUCUAGGCACCGACGCAGCCGGAACACGCUUCCUGAUCCAAUACGAUAUCACACCCUGGUUCCUCGUCUACAACCACUAUCCAGACGUGCUAUUCGGACUAGAUGUCUUCCCAGACGAGGCAUACAACGCAACAUCAGACUUCUACCCAACCGUCCGUCAAGAUGCCGGUAUUCCUCUCGAUGGCUCUCUAGAAUGGGGUCAAACGAACUGGCAAGGCUUUGGUGCUGCUACCGUCAGCGGCGAGGCGCGCGAUAUCUUCAUUAACGACAUUUGGGCCUACAUCUCAAAUGGUCUGAACACUGCUCCUUUCUCAGAUAAAUACUGGACUUCAUCCGGUAGUGGCUAUACAGCUGGCGAAUCUGAUUCGUUCCGGGCGCGACCUACGCUAGGUAGCCAUUUUGCAUUGGCGGCUUUGUCUGGUGCGAAUACAUGGUCCACUUGA